AUGAGCUGUCGAAUAUUUCCGAGGUUGCCGCUUCGACGCGGCCUCAGUCAACUUGCGAGAUCCCACAAACCAUGGAUGAACUUAGGACCGUCGACUCGCACAUGUCAAGGUCUUUCAGAACCCCGACAUCUUGCGCUGGGUCCUUACACCCCAUCCCAACGUACUCUCAUCGCCUACCACACCACCUCCAAACUCCUUUCCGUGGCUACCACAACACCAUCACCAACGCCAACCCCAGUGCCGGUCACACCACCACCCUACACCCCUCCGCAGACCGGCCUCCUCUCUAUACUCCCGGCCUCAUGGGUACCCUACGCCGAACUCAUCCGCCUAGACAAACCAACGGGGUCCUACUACCUCUUCUUCCCCUGCAUCUUCUCCACCCUCCUCGCGGCACCCCUCGCGACCCCUGUGACCUCGCCCCUCACCGUGCUCGGCACCUCACUGCUCUUCCUCGCUGGCGCCGUCGUUAUGCGCGGAGCGGGCUGCACGAUCAACGACCUCUGGGACCGCAACCUUGACCCACACGUGGCACGCACACGACUGCGGCCCAUCGCGCGGGGCGCCGUGACGCCGUUCCAGGGGCUUGUGUUCACGGGCGCGCAGCUGCUGACGGGGCUGGCCAUCUUGCUGCAGUUCCCGACUUCGUGCUUCUUCUAUGCGACGCCGAGUUUGCUGUUUGUUGCGUCGUACCCGCUGGCGAAGCGGGUCACGUACUACCCGCAGUUUGUGCUGGGGUUGACAUUUUCGUGGGGCGCGAUCAUGGGAUUCCCUGCGUUGGGGAUUGAUUUGUUGAGCAAUGGGGCUGCGCAAGCGGCGGCUGCACUGUUGUACACGUCGAAUGUGGCGUGGACGGUGUUGUAUGAUAUGAUCUAUGCGCACAUGGACAUAAAAGACGACGUCAAGGCUGGUAUUAAGAGCAUUGCGCUCAAGCACGAUAAGGAAACGAAGCAGGUGCUCACUGGGCUGGCACUUACACAGGUGGCACUGCUGGCUGGGGCCGGGAUCGCGACUGGCGCUGGGCCGGCAUUCUUCAUUGGAAGCUGCGGCGGUGCGCUAGUGACGUUGGUGGUGAUGAUCAAGAGGGUCAAUCUCAAGAGUGUCAAGGACUGUUGGUGGUGGUUCGUCAACGGGUGCUGGAUCACAGGUGGUGUCAUUACCAUGGGGUUGACGGCUGAUUAUCUUGUACAGUCCGCUCAGUCGGAAAAGGACGAUAUAGAAGAGUCGGCGUGA